GACACGGAACCACAGACAUGACUGAAGAUAUAAUCAAACUCUUAGCUGACAACCGAAACAUACAUCACAAAAUGUUGGAUCUGCAAAGACAGUACCACAGUUUACCGGAAAGAAAUGUGGAUUUUGCGGCGAGACUGCACAUACUAGAACAAAGGAUGGAAAUAAUCUCUGCUAAUAAUAAGGUGUUUGACUCAAAAAUAUUCGAGCAGCAACAUGCUGAAAAAAGAAUUAAGAAGGAUCUUAUGUACAGAUUUAACAAACUGAAUGAAAUAGUAAAUAGGCUCCUGGCUGAACACGACAUGCUCCCAGUCAAAACGUCAGAGAAACACCAUCGCUCGUCUAAAAAUAGUAAGACGAGUGUCAAAAUCGCCAAAGAAGAAUCAAAAUUUCACAAAAUCAGCAAAAUACUAAAAAACACCAAAGACAUGAUGUCACAUAAAAUAAAUAAGAUGAAGAAGAAAGUCCAUCGGCAUCCAGACUUAAUCGAGGACGACAAAUUCGAAGUCACUAAUAGUGAGGAAUCAGAGGAGAAUUUAAAAGCCGAAAGUCCCAAAAAUAUUUGGAACGAGGAGAAUCAAGCUAAUCCCGAUGACCACAAUGCUCAGAACUCAUCGAACACCCACGACAACCAGGAAUCUGUCUCUAAUGUCACACACAACCAGACAAUAAAUACCCCUCAUACAGAUGAAACACCAGCAGUUAACAGCAAAGAAGCCAAAAUGUCACAUCCGCCUGCUGAUACUUCAGGGUCUGACCUUCCGAAAUUGAAAGACUUCAAACCACUGAAGUUUUUAGGAAAAGGAGCAUAUUCAACGGUUUACCUAGUUCGAAAAAAUGGUGGUAUGGAUGAUGGUACAUUAUAUGCCAUGAAGACCCUGCCUGUCUCCAGGGAUGAGUAUGAAAAUAGUAAACCUAAAAGGUACUUUGCGGAACAGAAUGUACUCGAAAGGCUUACCGAAAGUCCGUUCGUGGUGAGACUACACUACGUUUUCCAGACACAAUCAAGCCUGUACCUCACACUGGACUAUUACCCAGCUGGUGACCUUGCUGGCUUGAUAUAUAAGAUGGGCCACCUUACAGAGAGUGAUGCACAGCUGUACCUAGCCGAGAUAGCCCUGGGCAUACAGCAUCUUCACGAGAAUGGUAUAAUCCACCGCGACAUAAAGCCAGGAAAUAUACUGUUUGAUGCUUGCGGUCAUGUCGCUAUUGCAGAUUUCGGAGUUAGCGCAUAUUUCACCAGUAAUACGGUAAAAAUUGCUUUUGAUAAGGCCGGCACAAAGCAGUACAUGGCACCCGAGAUGAUCAAACGCAGUGGAUACAGCUUUGAAGUGGACUGGUGGAGCUUAGGCAUAAUCGCAUAUGUAAUGAUGACUGGGCACAAGCCUUUUGUAUUUGAGAACAACGAUGUGCCGUCACUCCAUCGACAAAUUUUGGAGAAAGAGCCAAGGUUCCCAAUGCACGUGACUUCCAAAGCAAAGAAUUUUAUCGAAAGUCUAUUGAAGAAAAAUCCAUCAAAACGAUUAGGGGGACUGACAGGCUCUCCGCUGGAUAUCAAGAAGGAUCCCUUCUUCAAAAAAAUCGAUUGGGAACGCGUGGCAAGAAAAGAAAUCAAGAUGCCUCCUCUGCCACAAGUUAAUUCUGACAACAACAAUGAUUUAGUUGAACAGGAUAGCAGCUUGGUGGGUUUGUUUGAGAACAGCUACAAUGAGGUAUGCACAUACGUAGCCCCUGCCCACAAGACUAAAUGAAACAUCUAGAAGAAAAAUUCUCAGGAGUUCCAAAACAUGAAAGAGCAACAGGGGAUCAUCACAGGACCGACGUGUGCUGGCAGUGAACCCCUUGGUAACGAGACCGCUCAUGGCAAACCAGAAGUCCACAAGGAAACUGAAGAAUAAAGCAUGCCAUGACACACAGGAGCAGGGCCCCUACACAGACACAUACGUGUCAGCUGAGAACUUGUCAGGAUUACACCCGCCAUUCAGCGUGAGCUGCAGUGAAGAAUUUAAGUAUCCAUAAGUUGUGACAGUAUAUGGACUCAUAGUUUCUCAGAAAUAUACUGCCCCAAUCUUGAACACUGUAUGGAUCUCCCCAAUGUCUGUCUGUUAGCCCCUCUCAGCCACCAUUUAUACAAAAAAAACCUAACCUAUGUCCCCCCCCCCAGCAGGGGCGUUUCUCUCUAAGACUUAAUCCCAUUCAGCUUAGCCCAGUUUGGGGCUUUGCCCACAAGGCUUGUUUCAUGCAGCUUUGCCAACCUAUCCCCUCCCCCACAAUAUUUUCUCCUCGGGUUUGCAAACCCCUGGGAGUGUGUUGGAAUUUUAACCCUUGGGGUGUUAAAACCCAAAUUCGAUCAUGCUUGGAAGGGUACAUUGAGUGUGUUCCCAGGGGGGAAGUCCCACUGUUACCCUGGCCUGGGUCAUCUAACCUCAGAUUGUAGAAAGCCAGGGAUUCCCAAGACUGUGAGGAAAAGAUUAUGACAAGGAUAAGCUUUGAGAAGCAAUCUCUGAGGGCAGAGCCCCAAAGUGAAGCAAGCUGAAAGUAACAAAGGUUUGGAGAAAAACAAAACCUGCGCCAUAAUAGAAUUUCAAGAAACAUGAAAAUUAUUUCUAUUUAACAUAGGUACUUGCGUCUACAUAAACGUACUGCUUAAUGGAGGCAAAGAUUUUAUGUGGAAAUAUUUAAUGUUGAAAAGGUAAAUGAACAGAAAGAAAAGUUUGUAUACACCCUCUUAUAUUCCUCUUCUUCCAUCUAAUAUAACAAAUAAAAACAUUUAUAAAUGCA